AUGGUCAACUCCUGUUGUGGCUCUGUCUGCUCUGAGCAGGGCUGUGGCCCUUGUGAAGAGAGCUGCUGCCGCCCCAGCUGCUGUGUGUCCAGCUGCUGCAGGCCUCAGUGCUGCCAGUCUGUGUGCUGCCAACCCACCUGUUGCCGCCCUUCCUGCUGUAUUUCCAGCUGUUGUCGGCCCAGCUGCUGCCGCCCCAGCUGCUGCCGUCCUUCUUGUUGUGGCUCUAGCUGUUGCCGACCCUCUUGCUGUGUCUCCAGCUGCUGCCGCCCCAGCUGCUGCCGCCCCACCUGUUGUGUAUCCAGCUGCUGCCGCCCAUUCUGCUGCAGCUCCAGUUGCUGCCGCCCCUCUUGCUGUGGUUCCAGCUGCUGUCGCCCCUCCUGUUGCAUCUCCAGCUGCUGCCGCCCCAGCUGCUGCAUUUCUAGCUGUUGCCGCCCCUCUUGCUGUGGCUCCAGCUGCUGUGGCUCUCCCUGCGGUAAUUCCAGCUGCUGCAUUUCUAGCUGCUGCCGCCCCAGCUGUUGCACCUCCAGCUGCUGCCGCCCCAGCUGCUGCACCUCCGGCUGCUGCCGCCCCAGCUGCUGCACCUCCAGCUGCUGCCGCCCCAGCUGUUGCACCUCCAGCUGCUGCCGCCCCAGCUGUUGCACCUCCAGCUGCUGCCGCCCCAGCUGCUGCAUUUCCAGCUGCUGUCGCCCCUCUUGCUGUGGCUCUCCAUGCGGUGGCUCCAGUUGCUGCAGACCCACCUGUUGUGUAUCCAGCUGCUGCCGUCCCUCUUGCUGUGGUUCUAGUUGCUAUGGCUCUCCCUGUGGUAGCUCCAGCUGCUGCAGACCCACCUGCUGCAUCUCUUCUAGCUGCUGUCGCCCCAUCUGCUGCCAGACCACCUGCUGCCGCCCUACCUGCUCCAGUGCCUCUUGCUGCUGA